AAAUAUAUAAUUUCUCCGUUCGAUAUGGUCAUUUAGUAAUGUAUCCCUUCUUAUUCUACUCAUAUUACUAUAAAUAGAUCGCUACUAGUGGUUAAACAGUUUUUUACAAUAACGUAAAACAUUCAUUUCGGAAGCGGAUUCUGGAAAUUGUCUUUCAAGCGAAAAUCGUCAAAAACUCUUCAAAAUAAAAAUGAUGGCCAAUUUGGAACGGUUUUCUGGGAAAGUAGCGGUUGUGACUGGAGCAUCGGCCGGAAUUGGAGUUGCUAUUGUGCAGGCAUUGGUAAAACAUGGAAUAAUUGUUGCGGGCUUAGCUAGACGAGCACACCGCAUUGUUUCAAUGGCAGAAGAAUUGAAGGACGAACCCGGAAAACUCUAUGCAUAUAAAUGCGACAUGACGGUAGAAGAUGAAAUUGUCUCUACUUUCAAGGAAAUAAUCAACGAAUUAGGAGACAUUCACAUUUUGGUAAACAACGCAGGACUUAUGCUUGAAACCGACUUGAUCAAUGGUGAUACAGAAAUGUGGAAAAAGUGCUUUGACACCAACGUUAUAGCUUUAUGUAUUGCCACCAGAGAAGCUAUCCAAAAUAUGAAAACCAAAGGUACCAGGGGACACAUUAUUCAUCUCAACAGCAUUGCUGGACAUGAAAUUAUGAAUUUUCCAAAAACUAAUGUUUAUGGAGCUUCAAAGUAUGCCGUAACUGCUUUAACAAUGACUUUGAUUAAUGAUUUGGCUAAUGAGGAAUUGCCCAUCAAAGUAACGAGUAUCAGCCCGGGGUAUGUUAAAACAGAAUUUCAAGCAGUUGCUGGCCUAUCAAAGUCGAUGUUGCCGAAAGUUGGCUUAAAUAGCGUCGAUGUGGCCGAAGCUGUAAUUUAUGCAUUGUCUACACGUCCACACGUGAACGUUUCUGAAAUCACAAUUAGGCCACUACAUGAAUAAACUAGAGGCAAAUAAGCACAAUGUUAACUGGAAAUGUAUUUCUAGAAUUUUCAUGAGUUGUAGGUGGCCACACAGAAGUGUUUUAUCCACCAUUUUUCAAUUUUCUACACAUAUUUAUUAAUUAAGAUUAGCUCAAUUGAAUUUAUUUAUGCAUUAAUCAAUGAAAUAUUAUUCAUUUCAGUUAUUAAUUCUUAGGCGAGCAACAAAAAUAUUGAAAAUAUUUUUGUGUCUCUGUUUUUGAUGUUCCCAAUUGAAUUGUGCAGAUUUUUUUCGUCGUAAUGAUGAGGAUCAUCACCUGAUUUCUCAAUGCUUAAUAACUCCAUAUGUUGUAUAUUAUUUCGCAAAUUCAAAAACUCUCGAAAAUUGAAAAUUAGGUACACAUAAAAUAAAGCUUUUGUCUUAGCGCGAUAUUUUGUCGCACGCAUAUUUUGGUUGUUAAAAUCAUCAGUUUCCUAUUUUUUACCCGACAACGUCUGUAAGAAAUAAUACGCAAGACUUGAGUACGUAGCUUAAAAAAUAUUUAAUAUAGUAUAUGAAAAA